AUGCGCGCACCAUUCCGCCUCGCCGCCCUCCUAGCCGGCCUCGGUCUCUCCCCACACGCCGCCUCCGCCUCGCCCAACUGCGCCUUCCGCGGCCCCGCCUACCCGCUACCCACCGACCUGUCCGCGCACCCGCUCAUCCUCGAGGCCGCGGAGCAGCUCACCGCCGGCUUCAACGACCUCGCCGCCAACGACACGAAUCUCAUCGCCACCAACAACUCGUGGUCCAUCCAGGCCUGGUCGACGCACGAGCGCGCCGACCCUUCGGCGCUGCUGUGGUCCCACUACCAUAGCGCCAUGAACCUCGACGCCGUCAACUCCACCGGCGUGCGCGAUGUCGGGCCCGACACCGUCUACCGCCUCGGCAGCCUCACCAAGGUCUUUACCGUCCUCACGUGGCUGGCCGAGGCGGGCGACGAGUACUGGUAUAAGCCCAUUACCGACUUUAUCCCCGAGCUCAAGACCAUGCAGGAGCGGAACGCGGGGGAAGAGGACCCCGUGCGGUAUACGGACUGGGAUGAGAUUACGAUUGGCGCUUUGGCAUCGCAGAUGGCGGGGAUCCCCAAGGAUUGUGAAUUGACACAAGACUACGGCCCCGGACUCGUUAAUGUCGGGUUCCCUCCACCGGAGAAACUCCCCGAAACGCCCGUGUGUGGCGUCUAUGUCCUAUGCAACAGGACCCAGUUCUUUGAUGGGCUCCAAGACCUGAUGCCUGUCUUCGCCCCCGACUAUGCGCCGGCUUACUCCAACGUGGCCUACAUGCUCCUCGCCUACGCACUCGAGGAGCUGACGGGCAAGGAUUGGGAAACCCUGCUGGCAACAAACGUGCUUGACCCUCUGGGCUUGGAAAACACCUUUUUCAACACCCCAAACGAUACGAGCAUCGGCGUCAUCCCCGGCAACGCGUCUAUGCACCGGCAGCAUGUACGCCUCCGCCGACGACGUGACCCGCGUCGGCCGCGCCAUCCUCACCUCCGAGCUCCUCCCCGACGCCGUCACGCGCCGCUGGCUCCGCCCCGUAACCUUCACCUCGGACCCCAUGGCCGCGCUGAGCACGCCCUGGGGCAUCCGCCGCAUCAACAUGGGCCACCCCUACCUCUGGACGUACGGCUUCCAAAAGCCGGCCGCAUCGGCGACUACUCCGCCCUCAUCAUCAUGCUCCCCGACUACGGCAUCGGCUUCACCGUGCUCACGGCCGGCAACAUGCCGGGCAAUAUGAACUUUGACUUCGCCGACGCCAUCGGCGCCACCCUGCUGCCCGCCGUCCACGCCGCCGCGCGCGACCUGGCGCGCGCCAACUUCGCCGGCAGCUACGAGUUCGCCAACGUCACGGCGCUCAACUCGUCGCUCGUCGUGGCGGUGGACGACGACCCGGGGCUCAGCGUCGCGGGCUGGGUGAGCAACUACACCAACAUGGCCGCCGUGGCUGUGAUGCUGCAGUUGUCUACGACGGACCCCGUGAACCCCCGCAUCCGGUUCUACCCGACCGGUCUCGAGACGGUCGUGCGCCGCCGGCAAGAGGUCGACGGGACGGAGGUGCUGCGGCGGCGCGUCGCGUUCAAGGCUACAUUUGAGCACGCGGAUAGCCCCGCGAGGGAGAAUAGGCUGUUUUCGACCGAUUGCGCGACGUGGUUGUCGGCGUCGUCGAAUUUGUGGGCGGCGAGGGCGCUGGACGAGUUGGUGUUUGAGAUUGACGAGGAUGGUACGGCGGUGGCGGUGGAACCUGUCGCGCUGAGGGUGGUUUUGGAGAGGGUGGAUGCGUUGACGCCGCCGCCGCCGCCGCCUGUGGUGGAGGAGCCUCCUGUGGAGGAAGGGGAGCCGGAGGCGCCUACCGGCACGGAGACGGGGAAGCUCCGCCUACGGAAACUGAAGAUGGCCGAGGAGGAGCCUCCAGUAGAAGAAGAGUCACCAGCAGAGGAGGAACCCCCAGUCGAGGAGGAGGCACCGGAAGAGGAGGGCACAGUGGAACCUCCGGCGGAAGAGGAACCCCCAGCAGAGGACCCUCAGGUGCCUGACGAUGCAGCAGUUUUAGCGCACGGCAUCCAGGUGAGAAAGUCUCACAAUUUCGAGUAA